AUGGCUGCUCUGUAAUCCAGCCGAUCUCGGUAACCGGGGAGAUCGCUUUUAGUUUCAAACUCUGGGAUUGGCAUUAUGUCCUUGAGCAUAUUGUAUUUGUUUUCUACUUUUAAAAGAACACUUUUUAUUUGUUUUUAAACAGAGGUGUCUCUGUUAAUAAAACAGACAAGUCGACUGGGGUUUGCUGCUGCUGUUGUGUAUUAUUACAUAGAUAUAUUUUAAUUACAAUGUGCAAAUCUUUAUUUAAACCCUCCCUUGUCCGGAUGCAGUGAGGAGGAGAUUACGGCCUAGAAGAGCUGAAUUGAGCAGCGGCCUUGAAUUAUGUCAACCAGCCGGCAACAGCAGCAGAACGGCGGUGGAGUGGGUUCGGGGCCUGGGACUAGCAGCAGCAGCAGCAGCAGCAGCAGCGGCGGCGGUAGUAGUAGUAGCGGCAGCGGCAGCGGUAACACUAGUAACGGGGACGGGAGUGGAAACGCGGUCUCAUCACGGACACUGGGUACUGGGAUUGGGGCAUUAGCAGUCCCUAUACUGGGGGUUCCCUCUUCCCGCAAUAGCGCAGUUUCUUUGGGGAGACCUGGCUCGUCCUCGGGCAGUAGCAGCAGUAGCAGCAGAAAGCGGCCCCUUCCGACACCCCUCUGCAACGGCCUCAUCAAUUCCUACGAGGACAAGAGCAACGAUUUCGUGUGUCCAAUCUGUUUUGAGAUGAUCGAGGAAGCUCAUAUGACAAAAUGUGGACAUAGUUUUUGUUACAAGUGUAUUCGACAGAGUCUGAAAGACAGCAACAGAUGUCCAAAGUGUAACUAUAUUAUUGACAAUGUGGAUCAGCUAUACCCUAACUUUCUAGUGAAUGAACUAAUCCUCAAACAAAAGCAGAGGUUGGAUGAGAAACGACUGAAACUGGAUCAUCCGAAUGGACACCGAUGGCAUGUUUUCCAAGAUGUGCUUGGUACAGAUCAAGAGAACCUGGACCUGGCCAAUGUUAACUUCAUGCUGGAGCUUCUAGUACAGAAAAAGAAACAGCUUGAGGCGGAGUCACAAGCAGCCCAGCUCCAGAUUUUAAUGGAAUUUCUAAAGGAAGCCAGAAGAAACAAGAGAGAGCAACUGGAGCAGUUGCAGAAGGAGCUGAACUUUUUGGAGGAAGAUAUCAAACGUGUUGAGGAAAUGAGUGGGUUGUAUUCUCCUGGUAGUGAUUUAGACCAUAAUCUGGAUAGCACUGUUCCUCAGUUUGAAGCCCCUUCUCCCUCACACAGCAGUAUUAUAGAUUCUACAGAGUACAGCCAACCACCAGGGUUCAGUGGAGGCUCACAGGGAAAGAGGCAGACCUGGUACAACAGUACACUUGCAUCUCGGCGGAAAAGACUCACAGCACACUUUGAGGAUUUAGAACAGUGUUACUUUUCUAACCGGAUGUCUCGGAUAACUGAUGAAAGCAGGACCACCAACCAGUUGGAUGAUUUUAUGGAGUGUCUUUCUAAAUUCACACGCUAUAAUUCAGUCAGACCUCUAGCCACACUAUCCUAUGCCAGUGAUCUCUACAAUGGCUCCAGUAUUGUCUCCAGUAUUGAAUUUGACCGCGACUGUGAUUAUUUUGCAAUUGCCGGUGUUACAAAGAAAAUUAAAGUAUUUGAGUAUGGAACCGUGAUCCAGGAUGCAGUGGACAUUCAUUAUCCUGUCAAUGAGAUGACCUGUAACUCCAAAAUCAGCUGUAUCAGCUGGAGUAGCUACCACAAGAACCUGUUAGCCAGCAGUGACUAUGAAGGCACAGUUAUCCUGUGGGAUGGCUUCACUGGACAGAGAUCAAAGGUCUACCAGGAACAUGAGAAAAGAUGCUGGAGUGUCGACUUCAAUCUAAUGGACCCUAAGCUCUUGGCUUCAGGCUCUGACGAUGCAAAAGUGAAAUUGUGGUCUACAAACCUGGACAACUCGGUAGCUAGCAUUGAGGCAAAGGCAAACGUGUGCUGUGUAAAAUUCAGCCCAACAUCACGUUACCACCUUGCUUUUGGCUGUGCAGAUCACUGUGUCCACUACUAUGAUCUUCGAAACACGAAGCAGCCUAUCAUGGUAUUCAAGGGCCACCGGAAGGCAGUCUCAUAUGCCAAGUUUGUCAAUGGAGAGGAAAUUGUGUCUGCAUCUACAGACAGCCAGCUGAAGCUAUGGAACGUGAACAAGCCCCACUGCCUGCGUUCAUUUAAGGGUCACAUUAACGAGAAAAACUUUGUUGGUCUGGCAUCCAAUGGCGAUUAUGUUGCAUGCGGAAGUGAAAACAACUCCCUUUACCUGUAUUAUAAGGGCCUCUCAAAGACACUGUUGACGUUUAAAUUUGAUACGGUGAAAAGUGUGCUGGAUAAAGACAAAAAGGAGGAUGACACCAAUGAAUUUGUCAGUGCUGUGUGCUGGAGGGCAUUGCCUGAUGGGGAGUCCAAUGUGUUGAUCGCAGCCAACAGCCAAGGCACAAUCAAGGUACUGGAACUUGUAUGAAAUGAGAUCUACCAGAACUUGGCUACCAAAACCAUUACCUAACAGCACUCAACAAGAACGUUUCCAAAGGAGUAGGCAUUUUGUUUUUGAACUUUUUUUAUGUUCAAUUUUUAUCAGCAAAUCACUUGUGUAAAGAAGAAAGAUUCCGGCCUGUUGUGGACUUUUAUGAACUUAAGCAUGAAGACAGAGAAGUUCUGUGUAAAUGUUGUCAUAAGAAAUCUAUUCAACAUUUCUUUUUUGAAUAAAGUUUAUUAAGUUACA